AUGCGAUGGAGCCGGUAUAUUAGCCGACGAUACACGGGAGUGCUCCAGUACAUCGCCUACAUUGGCGUGCUCUACUUCAUCUACUGUGUCGUCUCAAAUCGACGAGCUGCACCAGUGCAAAACGACGAAGAGGCUGUGUUCCCGGGCGCGAAUGCGGGGCUAAAUGCUCGAGAUGUAGACGCGAGAGCUGAAGCCAUCGAGCAGUACGAAAAGAAUCAGGAGGCUGGACAAGUCAACCGCGGCGACAAAGACGAUUGGGAGCAGUACAAGGGACAGCCGAAAAUUGACUGGCUUGACCGAGAACGAUAUGAGGCCGACAAAAGACGAUCUGGACCCGGAGAACAGGGUGUGCCCGUUGAGGUGCCCAAAGACAAGGCCAUUCAGGAUGAAGCGUUGGCCCUGUACAAGGCGAACGGCUACAACGCCUACGUCUCGGACAUGAUCGCCGUCGACCGAGCCAUCAAGGAUAUCCGUCACCCAGGAUGUAUGGACAUGAAAUAUUCCUCGAAGCUGCCGACCGUCUCCGUCAUUUUCCCAGUUCACGAGGAGCACAAUUCUACUCUUAUUCGAAGUGUUUGGACGGUAAUCCAUCGAUCUCCGCCCGGUUUGGUGAAAGAAGUGAUUCUGGUCGACGAUUCGAGUGAGAAACCGGCCCUGGGAAAACCGCUGGAGGAUUUUUGGAAGAAAGAGAAGCUCGACCAUCUCGUCAAAAUUCUUCGGACCAAGCAGCGUGAGGGGCUUAUCCGUGCACGACAACUAGGGGCAGAGAUCGCGACCGGUGAGGUGCUCAUUUUCCUCGACGCCCAUUCGGAAGCUAACUACAACUGGCUGCCGCCGCUUCUCCAUCCGAUCACCGAAGACUACAAGACCGUAGUCUGCCCGUUCGUCGACGUCAUUGACUGCGAGAAUUACGAGAUCCGACCACAAGACGAGGGCGCACGCGGGUCGUUCGAUUGGGCGUUCAACUACAAGCGAUUGCCGCUCACCAAGACGGAUCGGCUCAGCCCCACCAAGCCGUUCGACAGCCCCAUCAUGGCCGGCGGCUAUUUUGCCAUCUCGCGCAAAUGGUUCUGGGAACUCGGCGGAUAUGACAUAGGGCUCGAUAUUUGGGGCGGCGAGCAGUACGAGUUGAGCUUCAAGAUCUGGCAAUGUCACGGGCGCAUGGUUGACGCGCCAUGCUCGAGAGUCGCCCACAUUUAUCGGUGCAAAUAUCAGCCCUUUAAAAGCGCCGGCAAAGGUGAUUUCAUCUCGCGGAACUACAAGCGUGUUGCCGAGGUGUGGAUGGAUGAGUACAAGGAGCUGCUCUACAAGGGACGGCCGGGCGUAGGAACCGUGGACACUGGUGAUUUGACCGUUCAAAAAGCAGUUCGCGAGCGACUCCAAUGCAAAUCAUUCGAUUGGUUCAUGAAAGAGAUCGCCUUCGAUCAGGACCGCUACUACCCAGCCAUUGACCCGCCUGCCUCGGCUCACGGAGAGAUCCGGCACGUCGCGUCCGGGCUCUGCAUCGACGCCAACUUCAAGCAAAAGGAGCAGCGUAUCGGCCUCUCCAAGUGCGCCAGCGACAACCCAAACCUCGGUGGCGAGCAGGACUUCCGUCUGACCCGCUGGCACGAUAUUCGCCCGAAAGGGCGCCGCAUUUGUUUCGACAGCUCCUCGUCACAAGACGAAGCGGCCAUCGUUCUCUAUGAUUGUCACUCGAUGAAGGGCAACCAGCUGUUCAAAUUGCGCCAAAAUACCAACCAAAUCUACCAUCCGGCCACCUACCAUUGUAUGGCCGCCGCCCAAGACGGCUCUGGGUUCAUCUAUGGCGCACGCUGUGACGAAAAUGAUGAUAAACAAAAAUGGAAGUGGCAGGUCAUUGACGAAGAGCUUCUAAAUAAACGCCAGGAGGAAGAAGUGCGCGAAGGCGACUUA